CAAUAUUAUUAUUAUAAUAACUAGAUUAAUUUUUCAGAUGAUAACACAUAUAAAAUGGGUUGUUUUCCUCUUAAUAUUAUUUACAUUAGGCUUGAUUUUCUUCAAUUCCUCCUGGACUAUUCUUGACAUGACAUUUACAGCAGGAAAUUAUACUUGUCAGUCAAGUUCAAAAGUGGGCGAAGAAGAUAAAAAACCUUUGAAAUAUAUUCUUUACUAUUCCAAGUUUUAUGCGUUUACUGAUUGGUUUGAAUUUGGAUAUGGACAAGAACCAUUUAUUAAAAAUGAUUGCUGCGUGAACAAUUGUUUUGUAACCAAUAACAGGUCUUUGUUGGCCAAUAUUAGGGAUUUUGACAGUAUCAUAUUUAAUACAAGAAAUAUAUAUCAGUUUAAGUUUCCUACAAAGAGAAGCUCAAAACAGUUUUAUGUUUAUUUCUCUUAUGAGAGUCCUUUUCUUGAUGGAAUAAAUGGAUCUGAAUCCAGGUUUAAUUCCUUUUUCAAUUUGACGAUGACCUACAGAAGAGAUUCUGAUAUCUAUACACCGUUUGGGAAGACUGAAAAGUUAACUGAACAAUCCAAAUGGGAACCUUUAAAAAAUGAUACAAGACAACUAGCUGUAUGGAUUGUUUCCCAUUGUAAGACGAACUCCAGAAGGGAAGAAUAUGUUAAGGAGUUGAAAAAAUGGAUGCCUCUGGAUCAAUUUGGACACUGUAACAAGAAAGCAUGUGCUGAUAAUGAGAAAUGUUAUGAUUCUAUGGAGGGAAACUACAAGUUUUAUCUCUCUUUUGAGAACUCUCUCUGCCAAGAUUAUGUAACUGAAAAAUUUUGGAAUUUCUUAGGACAGAACAUUGUGCCGAUUGUUUUAGGUUCAGGACCUUAUAAAGAAAUUGCCCCUCCAAAUUCAUAUAUAGAUGUAAAGGAUUACAAGAGCCCAAAAGAGCUUGCAACUUAUAUACUGUAUUUAGAUAAAAAUCCUGAGGAAUACAAUAAAUAUCUAGAAUGGAAAAGAUUAUAUAAGGUUAUAAUUCCAAUGAGAAAAAUGUUUAAUCAGAGUAUGUGUGAAUUGUGCCAAAGAAUACAAAGUGGAGAGAGGAGAGAGUAUCCUGAGUUUGGUCAAUGGUGGGAAAACACAUGCUACGGGUAA